AUGUCAUCACAAACGCUCGUGCGCAAUCAGGUCCUCUCGGCUAUUGUUGGGACGUUAUAUAAAGAUCAGCAGGUGGAGCACCUGCGUCGGCAGCUUGCAAUCUUUACGCGUGAAUGGAACAAUCUCCCCAUUGUGAUGUGGAGGAAGAUGGUCGCACCUAAUACAACCAUGCAACUAGACAAUUUCACCACGGGAACGACAGGACACCUCAAGUCGGUUCGAAAGACGCUACAAAAAGCAAUGCAGCAACCACAACGGAUCCUUGGCAUAAUACUCAUCAUGGACAAUCCGCACGGCAAGCCCUCUCAUGCCAGGAGUCCGCACGACAAAGUCUCCCAAGUCGGGGUGCUCGCACACAUUCGCCGCGCGCAAUGGCUUGGAGAGGACUGCCGCGUAGUGGUAGACGGUAUCUCGCGUUUUACAUAUGGUAAUCUCGUUCUUUCCGAUGGCAUCAUGACCACCAAUACCAAACCAUUCCUAGAUACAGCCCGUGUAUCAAUCGGUCUAGCACGGCCUAUGUAUGAGAUACCACCGCCCUCGCCAAAUACUCUGAACCAAUUAACACGCCUGUCAGUUCAAGAUCAGUUGAGAUAUGCCUAUGGGUUCGUGUCGGAGAUGAUGGUACAUCCUGAGUAG